AUGGUUGCAGUCGAUACAACCCAAGAGGGAGCUCUUGCUGGAACGGACAAAAUUGCUGAAUACGUCAAGGCAAAAGGCGGCAAUUACCCAAUCAGGAAGAUCCUAAUCGCAAACAAUGGCAUGGCAGCAACUAAGUGCAUUCUUUCCAUUCGUCAGUGGGCUUACAUGGAACUUGGCGAUGAGAAGGCUAUCAAGUUUGUUGCCAUGGCAACACCGGAGGAUCUCAAUGCCAACGCAGAAUUUAUCAGGCUGGCUGACUCCUUCGUAGAAGUCCCGGGUGGGAGCAACAAGAACAAUUAUGCGAACGUUGACGUCAUCGUCGACAUCGCUGUCAGUCAGGGAGUUGAUGCAGUCUGGCCUGGCUGGGGACAUGCUUCUGAAAAUCCUCGCUUGCCAAACACACUUGCCCAGAAGGGAAUCAAGUUCAUCGGACCGAAGGGUCCUGUUAUGUACGCACUCGGUGACAAGAUUGCAGCAAACAUCCUUGCUCAGACUGCUGGAGUCCCCAGUAUCCCUUGGUCAGGAUCGUUUGGGGGACCCAACGACGGCCCUCUCGUCGGUGAGCUCGAUGACAAGGGCACACUUGAUGCGGAGGUCUUUCAGAAGGCCACUGUCAAGACUGUUGAUGAAGCCCUGGCUGCAGCCAACAGAAUCGGAUAUCCCGUUAUGCUCAAGGCGUCAGAGGGUGGCGGUGGAAAGGGUAUUCGUAUGUCUGCUAACGAUGAAGAGCUCCGCUCCAACUUCGUCCAGGUUCAGAAUGAGGUUCCAGGAUCUCCAAUGUUCAUGAUGCAACUGUGCAAGAAUGCCCGUCACUUGGAAGUCCAGAUUGUGGGAGACGAGCAUGGAAACGCUGUUGCUCUGAAUGGCCGCGAUUGCUCAACCCAAAGGCGCUUCCAGAAAAUUUUCGAGGAGGGCCCACCAACCAUUGCAAAAGCUAAUACCUUUCGUGAAAUGGAGAAGGCUGCAAUGCGCUUGACUCAAUCCAUUGGUUACAACGGUGCGGGAACGGUCGAGUACUUGUACAACGCCGAAUCCGACAAGUUCUUCUUCUUGGAGUUGAACCCUCGUCUUCAGGUAGAGCAUCCUGUCACUGAGGGGAUCACUGGAGUCAAUCUUCCUGCCACUCAGCUUCAGGUAGCUAUGGGAAUCCCAUUGUACCGUAUGCCCCAGGUUCGUCGUUUCUUCGGAAAGAAAUCUGAUGGAACCGAAGCCAUCGAUUUUCAGAACGAGGAAUACACACCCAUCACCAAGCACGUUAUUGCUGCUCGUAUCACUGCCGAGAACCCUGAUGAAGGCUUCAAGCCAACCUCUGGAAGGAUUGAUCGAGUCAAGUUCCAAUCCAGCGAGAAAGUUUGGGGAUAUUUUUCUGUUGGAAACAACGGUGGUAUCCAUGAAUAUGCUGAUUCUCAGUUUGGUCAUCUUUUUGCAAGCGGAGACAACCGUGAAGCAGCUCGCAAAUCUUUGGUCUUGGCGUUGAAAGAGAUUGAUGUCAGGGGAGAAAUUCGCAAUCCAGUUGAGUACUUGACCAAGCUUCUUGAAACUGAUGACUUUAAGUCAAACAAGAUUGAUACUUCCUGGUUGGACGGAAUCAUCAAGAACAAGUCUGUAACAACUAAGGCUGACACUGCUACCGUUGUGCUGGGAGCUGCAAUCUAUCGUGCUCAUCAGUACGUCAAGAAGGAGUUCGUUAGUUUUGAGGAGAGUUUGAAGAAAGGGCAAACAAGUGUCAGUGACAUUUCCAGCAUCAACUCGUUCUCAACCGAAAUUACCUAUCAAGGUGUGAAGUAUCCUUUCAAGGUCAACCGUGCUAGUCCAGACAGGUUCAGCUUGACGUUGCCCAGCGGAGACACUACGAACAUCAAAUUCCGUGAACAAGCAGACGGCAGCCUUCUUUGCUCUUUUGGUGGAGUUGUGCGCAAGGUUUAUGGUCAAGAGGAGCCUCUUGGACUUCGCAUGGUCAUUGAUGGCUCUACAAUCAUGAUCCCCAACGUCUUUGAUCCAUCGGAACUUCGCUCAGACGUGACUGGCAAGGUCGUCCGUUACCUUCACGAAGACGGUGCUGCAGUGGAAGCUGGAGUACCCUAUGUGGAAUGUGAAGCUAUGAAGAUGAUCAUGCAACUCAGAACAACCGAAGCAGGCAACAUCAAGCACGAACUGCAGGCUGGUUCCAUCAUCUCAGCAGGCGACUUGAUUGCAUCCCUCGACCUCAAAGACCCCUCCAAGGUUGCUAAGAUUGAACUCUUUGAGGGUGACUUGAACGUGGAAUCUGGCCCUAGCGAUCAGUCCCCAAUGCACCUUCUUGAACUUAUUCUCGCUGGAUAUCCCGGUGAGGUUGAAACCCAGCUUUCAAAGGCUCUCCUGGAUGUCGAUGCUGACACUGCAAAUGAACGUGUUGUAAGCCUGUUGCAGAGGUAUCUUGCUGUUGAAGACCUCUUCAAAGGAAAACCACUUGAUCUCGCGGUGCUUGAUCUGAUCAACUCAAACAAGGAUAACACCCGCCCAGUGAUUGAUGCGGUGCAAGCUCACAGCGCUCUGAAGAGCAGGAAUACCCUUGUUCUGGCAAUCUUGAGAAACAUGGCUGGAUUUGUUGACCGAUUCCCAGGAUACAAAGUCAGCGAUGGGGUCAACACCGUCUUGGAGCGAUUGGCAGCUUUGACCGGCACUGAAUAUGGUGAAGUGGCUCUUACAGCCUCAGCCAUUCUCAACGAGUUCAAGGUGCCAGACUUCAAUGCCAGGAUUGAGGAGCUCAAGACUUUGAUCAUGUCUGAUUCUCCAGAUGUUGUCAGCAAGUCCCGCAAGCUUUCCUUGGCCGUCGAUUUCUUGACGCAGCUCUUUGACCAUCCUGAGGAGGCUGUGAGGAAGGCUGCUCUCGAAGUCUAUGUUCGUCGUACCUACCGUGCUCAUGUCAUCCAGGAUGUCAAAAUUUCUGACAAGAAUGGAGUUUCUACGAUCAAAUGGAAAUUCACCCUUCAGGACCUUCCUGCCAGUGAGGCUCCUAUUCGUCAUGGCAUGCUCAUGGUCUUGCAGUCGGCCAAGGACGUUCCUGCUGCGCUACCAGCUGCUCUCCAAGAGUUCAAGGACAACGGUGCAACUGCUAGCCCCUCGGAGGCGCUGAACACUUUUCACAUUGCCUUCAAGGCCAAUGAAGUCAUCACCAACGAUGAUCAAUUCAUCGCUGAGGCUGAGCGUGUGCUAAGAGAGAACAAGUCCACUUUCCGUGCACUGGGUGUUCGCCAUGUGAACUACAUUGUGCCUCAGAUCCCCAAGGCUCCAAGAUACUUCACUUUCUUGGAGUGCCAUGACUUCUCCGAGGAGCCUUUGAGAAGAGACAUGCGUGCUUCAUUCCCUUACAUCCUUGAGUUGACUCGCUUGCAAGGAAACUAUGACCUCACUCGCAUCCCUGCUCUUGGCAGGAAUGCUCAGCUUUGGAUUGGAACUGAGAAACCCGAUGACAACGUCGUCGUGACUCGUCCUCGUCCUCAGACCAUCUUUCUCCGCGCCUUGUCUCACAGUGUAGACACAGACACCAACUCUGGAGCUGAGAGAUUGAUGCUGGCUGCCAUGGACGAGUUGGACCGUGCCCUCCUUCACCCGCUCGUCACCGGUCAACAGAGAAUGAAGACUCCCUACCCUGUGCAGUAUGGAGCAGCUUCAACUCGCAUCUUCCUCCACGUCUUGAACGAAUACGAGGCUGACACCCAAUCCGUUAUCAAGGGCUUCAAGAGCAUCUUGGACAAUCUGCUGGCCAAGCACUCGACCCGUCUCCUUCAGUUGAGAGUUGAUGAGAUCGAAGUGAAGGCAAGGAUCAGCUACGUCGUCGAUGGACGCAAGCACAUCCAACCGAUCAGACUUGUUGCUUCGUCUACUUCGGGUGACUGGCUCAAGACGGACGCAUACCUUGAGUAUCCUGAUCCCGUUACUGGAGUUACGAAGCAGUUCCGCUCUCUGGAGGAAGCCCAAGCUGGAGUUAUGCAGAUCUCUCCCUACCCAACUUCUAAUACCGUCCAGAUGAAGCGUGCUACUGCUAGAAGAGUCGGUUCUACCUACGCGUUCGACUUCUUGGGUCUCUUUGAAGUCGGACUUAUCCAACAAUGGGGCAAGAGGCCCGAUCUUCAGAUGCCUCCGUCCGGCAGCUUGUUCGAGGCCAAAGAGCUUGUUCUUGGAGCUGAUGGUGAGCUCCAGCAACAGGUUCGUCCUGUUGGAUCCAACAAGAUUGGAAUGCUCGCAUGGGUUUGCAAGAUGAAGACGCCCGAAUAUCCCAACGGCAGAGAGGUGGUGCUCAUUGCUAACGACGUCACUGUUCAGAGUGGAUCAUUUGGAGUGGAAGAAGAUCAGUUCUACUUUAAAGCAUCCGAGUACGCGCGCAAGCGAGGUCUUCCAAGGCUCUACAUCGCUUGCAACUCAGGAGCUAGGAUCGGAUUGGUAGAGGAGCUCAAGCCCAAGUUCAAGGUUGCAUGGAAUGAUGACAAGGACACAACCAAGGGCUUCAAGUACCUCUAUCUCACCGAAGAUGACUACAAGGCCCUGCCCGAGGGAACUGUCCAGGCUACCAAGACUUCCGGACCUUCUGGCGAGGUGAGGUAUGCCCUUGAUACCAUCGUGGGCACCAACCACGGCAUUGGUGUCGAGAACUUGAGAGGAUCUGGCAUGAUUGCUGGAGAAACCAGCCGAGCCUACGACGAGACUUUCACCCUCAGCUAUGUCACUGGCAGGUCUGUUGGAAUCGGCGCAUACAUCGUUCGCCUUGGACAGCGUAUCAUUCAAAUGGUUGAUGGUCCAAUGAUCUUGACCGGCUACAGUGCGUUGAACAAGCUCCUCGGAAAGGAUGUGUACACCUCCCAGGAUCAGCUUGGUGGACCACAGGUCAUGUUUCCCAACGGAGUGACGCAUCAGGUUGUCGGAAACGAUCAGGAAGGUGUCAAGGCUAUGCUGGAUUGGUUGUCCUUCGUGCCAGAGACCAAGUUCUCUGUUCCUCCUAUCCUCCCCGUGUCUGAUCCAGUUGAGCGAGAGAUCGAAUUCGUUCCUACCAAGACUCCUUACGAUCCCCGACACAUGCUUGCCGGCUACAACAAGGCUGAUGGAAGCUGGGUGAGCGGAUUCUUCGACAAGGACACCUUCAAGGAGUACUUGGCAGGGUGGGGCAAGUCAGUGGUGACUGGCCGUGCUCGUCUUGGAGGCAUCCCAAUGGGAGUGAUCGCUGUUGAGACAAGAUUGGUCGAUCGUCGCAUCCCCGCAGAUCCUGCUAACCCUGAGUCCAGAGAAUCCAUUGAGCCGCAAGCCGGCCAAGUGUGGUUCCCAGACUCGGCCUACAAGACAGCUCAGGCCAUCGAAGACUUCAACAGGGGAGAGAACCUUCCUCUUAUCAUCUUCGCCAACUGGAGAGGAUUCUCCGGUGGUACCAGGGACAUGUAUAACGAGAUCUUGAAGUUCGGAUCCAUGAUCGUCGACGGCCUUCGCACCUACAAGCACCCUGUCUUCGUCUACCUCCCUCCCAACGGUGAACUUCGUGGAGGCGCCUGGGUUGUGGUGGAUCCUACCAUCAAUGAGGAGAUGAUGGAGAUGUAUGCUGACGUACAGUCUCGCGGCGGUAUCCUCGAGCCUCCUGGCAUCUGCGAGGUCAAGUACAGGGCCCCCGACCAGAUCAAGACUAUGCACAGGUUGGACCCUGAGCUGCAGGAGCUCGACGCUAAGCUGGACAAGGCCACGGCCGAGGAGGCAGCACAGAUUAAGGAACAGAUCAAGAAGCGCGAGAACACGUUGAUGCCGCUCUACUUGCAGAUCGCUCACGAGUUUGCGGAUCUUCACGAUCGUGCCGGACGCAUGAAGGCCAAGGGCGUGAUCCGUGAUGCUCUCUCAUGGAAGAAGUCGCGAGAGUACUUCUACUGGCGCGUGCAGCGAAGGCUGGCAGAGAUGAAGUUGCGCAAGGCGAUGAUGCACGCGAACCCACACAUGACCUUCUCCGAGGUGACUGCCAAGAUGCAGAGCAUGGUGACCUGCGACUGGGACGACGACCGUGCCGUCCUCCAGUGGUUCACAGCCGAGCAGGACUCGAUCAACAAGACGGUUGCUCAUAUGCGGGCUGAUGGAAUCGCUUCUGCUGUCGAGGAGAUGCUGGCGAAACUUUCUCCGGAUGAUCGCGCUAACAUCGUGAGCAAGCUGAGAUAA